AUGCGGCGCUCACCUUCAUGUUCGGCGCCGCAAGAGCUCAAUCGGUUUCUCUCGCUCGAAACCAGCACUUUCAUUAUGGCGAUUCUGGCUCACGUCAUCCUCGGCCUCAUCGGCCUUUACACCGUGAAAUAUCUCUUUUUUGAUCGCAGAAAGGAUAGUCUGCCAUUGCCCCCGGGACCGCCUCCGAAACAAAUUAUCGGUAACCUAUUGGAUCUGCCACCGACGGGUUCGCAGGGCUGGCAGCACUGGCUAAAGCAUAAAGAUCUCUAUGGUCCUAUUAGUUCGGUCACGAUAUUCGGACAAACCCUGGUCAUUUUGCAUAGCCACGAAGCUGCAGUUGAUCUCAUGGAAAAGCGAUCGGGUCAAUACUCUUCGCGGCCUAACCUGCCGCUUGCUGAAAUAACUGGCUGGAAGGCGAGCCUCCGUCAUCUCCCCAGAUCCGAGCGCUUCCGCGCCUUUCGUAAAACGAUCUAUCAAGACAUUGGUACGACCGCUGCCUUGUUCAAGUAUAACGGUAUCUUGGAAGUGGAGUCCCAUCGGUUCCUAUAUAAAUUGCUUCAUACAACGUCGAAAAAGCUACCUAAAAACAUAACAAAGAUGUCGGGUGCCGUCAUUCUAAAGAUGGUCUAUGGCUACACUCUCGAGCCUCAUGGUGAUGAUCCGCUACUCGACCUCAUGCAAGCAACUAUGACUGACUUCGCACGACUGAUAAUGCCUGGAGCUUGGAUGGUGAACUUCCUGCCGUCUUUAAGCCACCUUCCUGAAUGGUUUCCCAGUGACGGCUUUAACAAGCUUGCCAAUGCGUACAAUAAACGGGUAAACGUGCUGAACGACAUGCCGUUUGAAUUUACGCAAAAGCAAAUAGCUCGCGAGGACUAUACUCGCUGUUUUGUUACUGAUCUUCUCGAAUCGAAGUCCGAUGAGGAGGUCGUCGUAAAGUGGACAGCUGCUGCGAUGUUUGCUGGAGGAGCCGACACGACCGAGUCGUGGGUACGAGUCCGCCUGCCGACCAUGAAAGAUCGAAAAAACCUGCCAUACAUCGAGGCAUUGGUCAAGGAAACCCUGCGAUGGCAGCCUGUUACGCCCAUGGGGGUGACGCACACGGCAGCCGAGGAUGAUGUUUACAAUAGAUAUCGCAUUCCGAGGGAUGCGUGCCUCGUUCCCAACGUUUGGUGGUUUCUUCAUGACCCAAGUAUGUAUCACGACCCGAUGGCGUUCAAGCCCGAGAGAUUCCUUGUUACAGAUGGCCAUACGCCAGAACCUGAUCCCAGCUCGAUUGUAUUCGGGUUUGGACGUCGCAUUUGCCCCGGACGGCUGCAGGCCGAAGCCACCAUCUACAUGACCAUCGCCCGGUCUUUGGCAGUGUUCAACGUCUCGAAAGCCGUAAAGGAUGGAAAGGAAGUUCCUAUUCCAAUUCACUUCACAGCCUUGGCCGUUAGCCAUCCGGAUCCCUUCGACUGCCGGAUUGAUGUGCGUAGCCCAGGCCAUCAACAGCUUAUAGAGGCCGUUGAAAAAGAACAACCAUGGAUGAAAGGUUCCGCCGCCGAAAUUAACCUAGAUGCCUAUUCUUACGAAAUAUGA